AUCGACUCUAUCACUCGUUUCUCUCAAUGAUUCUUGGCUUUAAAUCAGUCUAACCUAGCGUUAGCUAUUAACUAACCUACAGGUCUUUCUGAGACCGAAUACAAUGUUUAUUAAAAGUUCUUAGCACAUUUAACCGAGUUACAGACUGUUAGUAGUUAACAGUAGGGUUAGUUUUCAGCGUUUUGUUCGACUAAACCGGGCGUUAGCUUAGCAUAAAAAAUCACCAACUUGUGAGGUGCGUUAGCUUAGCCUGUUAGCCAAUUAAUGCCAGUUAGCGAGUUAGUAGUUAUUUACCCACAAAUACUGCUAUUUUUACACUGAACACUCCGAACUCUCUCAAAGAUAUCCAACUUCUGUGGUAUUUUUAAAGCAAACUGAUGGUUAAUUCCCUAAAAUAUAUAAUAAAAUGUCGAAUUUGGAUCUUAUUCUGGAGAAUGUUCACCUGAGGCACGACCCCCGCUGGAGCGCGCGCGGCCUGUGUGUAGCCUGUGUGCUGGAGCUGAUGGACAGAGAAGAUGUAUCGGUUCUGCGUAAAUCUGCAGCACUGAGUGGAGUUCUAGAGCUACUGAAGAUCAAAGGUGUGGUGAAGGACAUUCUGCAACAGGAUGAAAGAGUGUGUCUGCAUUUCACCUCCUCUUUAUUGAAGAUGCUGCAGUCUGUUGAAGAUCCAAGUGUGGUGGAGCAGGUUAUUCAAGUGCUCAUUCAUCUGUUGCUUGAUCUGAAGAAGGAACAUUUUUUGCAGCACGUUCUGGAUGAACUACAAACACAGCUGAUAGAUAGAUCUACAGGGAAGGUUCUCUCGUACAUCACAUUUCUGGGCAAGCUGGUGGAUUCUGUGUCCUCUAUAGCUCAAAUGUUGACCACAACCCACAUCAGUGUUUUGGAGUGUAUGUGUGUGUUCCUGCUAAAUCCUGAUGAAGUGCUGAAGGCUGCGGUGUAUUACGUGCUGCGUGGUGUUUGGGCAUCAGAGACAGCCCUGCAAUCUCUGCCACAAACACUGAGAGAUAGAGUGUGUGUGUUACUGCUGAACACACUCGCACAUGUCUGCUCAUUUCAGCUCACUAUCAACUGUCUUGGUGUUUGUGUGUGUAUGUGUGUAGGUCUGUUGCUGCUGAUGCUGCGAGGAGGAGACACUGUGUGUUUGCUGAUGAAUCAAAAUCAUACUUCUUCCAACGAGGAAGAGGAGGAGUCUCAAUGUACUCAACUGUCUGUUAAACACUGUUCACUGCCACUCAUCCUAAAGAGGCUGUUGCUUGGAGGUGACGAGUGUGUGCAGGUGGUGAGUGUUCAGUGUGUAUCUGCUGUACUAACACACUCCCCCAGCCAGUACUGCUCUGCGUUCACACAGGCAGAUUUACCAGAGUUCCUGUUUGAGCGGUUGAGCUGUACUAAUGAAGUGCUGCUGUGGUCGGUGUACAGCUGCUUGCUCCAGCUGUGUGAGGACUCUACAUUCUUCUCACAGUGCCACUCCAUCUACGGUAUUGAGUCUCUGGUGCGCAGUCUGAAGGCAGUAUUGAAGUUGCCAAAUCUGGAGGUUCAGAAACAGGGCCUCAAGCUGCUUACAGCUAUACUUGAGAGGCAGCCCACAGGUGUGCGUCUGUUUCCUACUGCUCCUGGGUUUGUGGGCGUGGCUGAAGUUGUGCAAGGGGGUGUGGCAUCAUCCUGCUUCAGAGUGUCUACACAGGCAGCACGAGCAGCUACUGCUCUGUUCAGGGUCCAUCAUCAGUGUAGUCCAGUUCAUUAUGUAGAGCUGAAGAGAACUGUGGAGGCUUUAACCACCAGAUGUGCUGAGGUACCAUCAAACAUCACUUCACAGCGCAGGAGGUGGGUCUCUGAUCCUGGCAGCCAGUCCUUCAGAGCAGCAGCAUUUUUAAUCCAGGCCCUGACCGGCUUCCAGCAGGCCUGCAGACUGGCGGAGGAGUGUGUGACUGAGACCAGUGUGAAGGAGAACACACCCACAGCUCCAGAUGAACAGAACCAGGACACACUGGAGUCACUCUGUGUGUGUCUGCUACACUGCUGCGACACAGCGAUCAUCCCCACAGUCACUAAAGUGUGUGAGCGUGUGCCCAGUCCGCGGGUCCUGCAGCCAUUUUUCUCCAUUCUCUCUCUGCAGUUUUCUCUUUCUCCCUCAGUCUUGCCCGCCUUCGCCACCAAACUGGCCUCCUCUGGUUUUAUAAGGCUGGCUCUAGAACACAAGGCUCGACUGUGUCCAGGAAACAGACAUUCAUCCCUAAACGCAGCUUGCUGUGACUUUCUACUGAAGCUGUGUGUGUGUCUGCUCUCCCAGCCUGAAUCUGUCACUGGCAGCCACCAGCAAGGUGUAGAGGAGGUAGAGUAUGUCUUGCGGGGCUGUUUGCCGUCCCUGUGCUGUCAUGCAUGUGAUUGGCCGUUGGUGCUGGCUGAAGUUCCAGCAGAAAAUCAAACCCUGCAGUUCUGUUUACUGCACCUGCUGUAUCUCUCACUGCUGCAUGGCGACAGGUUGCUGCCUGAUGCAACCCUGUUCUCCAGUGUUGUGCGGUUUGUAUAUCUGAUGCAGGAACAACAUAAUUCUCUUCCUCCAUCAGUGCAGCAGUCAGCACUUUACCUGUUAGCAGCUACUCAGGAGAACAACCCUGAUCUAGACUGGGUUUCUCUGAACAGUAUCAGUGAAGCUCUCUCAUCUGCUGCUCUCUCGUCCCCUCAUCCCUCUCUCCUGCACUUUAUCUUCCGGUACUCUGCGCUGACCGAGAGACUCGGGGUGAGGGUUCUUUCUGGCUGGCUGGCUGGUGAGCUAGAACCGGCUGUGAGUGGAGAAAAGGAACAUAAUCGUCUGGAUCUCGGGCAGAGCCAGGAGUCUUCUGUGGUUCUGGAGCUGCUGGAGAAGAACCCAUCCACUGUUCUAACCCUGCUGGGUGUACUCUGUGAGGAGGACAGGUCAGUAGCUGGUCGAGCAGUACAGGUGUUGCGGUGUUACCUGCAGGCUGGACGAUGCUCUGGCUCUGUCCACUCUCACCUGCUGAAACCAGCGUUGUUAGGCCUCCUGCAGAGACUCACAUGUGACAGUAGUGACAGCAGCACAGUUCCAGACUGUGUGUGUGUGGUGUUGGAGGUGUUGUGUUUAGUGCAGAAGAUCUCCUCAGCUCAGGAUGAUAUGGACAACACAGACUUCAAACUGCUCUAUCAUGUGAGUAAUCUUGUAGGAAAGGUGAAGAGCAGUAAUGCAGAGUAUUUGCAGCCGGCCUUAAACUACCUCUACUGCUGUCUAAACCUGUGUCCAGCACACACUGCUGACCGAGUGGUGUCUAUGCUGUUGUGUAACACAGGUGUAAUGGAGUUGCUACAGGUGCUGUUGAACCUCUCUCACUCCUCCUCACACUCUCCCCCCUCUCCCUCACCUCCACUCAUCUGCAGCUCUCUCCUCCUGCUCAGCUCCCUCAUCUCUCUACAGCACACACACUGUGCACAGGUACAAAAGAGUGUGUGUUUAGAGCUAGACAGUAUUGUAAGAGUGCUCACAUUCAAUAAGAGAAACACCAACAGCCUGGUACUGGUGUGUAUGGUGCGGUUGGUGCAGGCUGUUCUGGACGUGGACCUGUCAUCUCCUGUGGUGUGUGUAUCAGAGUGUGCUGGGCUGCAGCGCCCCCUACAGUCUGCAGAUGGAGCGCUGCAUCCACUCGGCUACAGAGGGGCUACCAGCCUACUGACAGCAUUACAGAGUCUACUGCUUCAGAAGCAGGAGCUGUUACUUAGUGCGUCUGUGAACUGUCUGAGGUCACUGAUGGACUUUAUAUACAGGAGGAAGCCUGCUAUAGCCCAACAUAUGGUGAAUCAGCCAUGGAAUCGUUUCCUGCUGUACUCUCUGCUGAACUCUGGAGAGAUCCUGGUGCUCCAUCCAUCUACAAUCAGUCUUCUGACUCUGCUGGUCCACUGGUCUGGAGGGAUUACACAGUGGGAAUCUGAUGUUAAUUGUGUGUGUGAGGCUGCAGAGAGGAAAGGAGUGAAGGAACUGGGAAAGAACAGCACACACUCACUGAGACUGCUGCUCACUGAGUGUAUUGUAUUCUCUCUCUCUGAGCAGUUGAAGGUGAGAGUGAGCAGUUUGUUGGAGUGUCUCGAUGAGCAGCCACCUCAAGAGACCAACCCCAGCUCUUCGAUACAAAUUGGAGCUCUGUCCAUCUGCUCAGAGGACUUCAGAGUGAACACAAACACCUUCCCUCAGUGAAGACACAAAACACACAUUUUCAGGCUCUUAAAACCUACAGUUUAAUGCAAAUGUAUAAAUAUUGGUUUCCAUUUAUCUAUUGUUAUCUAUAUUUGUUUUGCAGUGCUAGUUAGUUUUUUCUAUAUUGCCUAGUACACUUAGAAACUUACUGAUUUUCCACAGAAGAAUCUGUUCCCUUCUACCUAUUUACAGUCUUUAUACACUAAAGAUUAUACAGAGAGAAUGUGCAGGUUUAUAUUUUGCAUCAUUUGCAUUGCUGAUUGAUAAAUAAACUGAUUCAAAUAUUU